AGGCGGGCUUUCCGCCCGGGGGCGGGGCUCCCGCCACCAUGGCGUUUCGGGGGGUUGUUGGUGUUGUUCUCCUCUCUGCUCUCCCGCUCUUGUGUCUGGAGCUGCGGCGUGGGAUCCCGGAUCUCGGAAUUAAAGAUCUAAUUUUGCUGUGUGGCCGGAUUUUCUUACUGCUUGCUCUUCUUACUUUAAUUAUUUCUCUGACUACCUCAUGGCUUAACUCAUUUAAAUCUUCCCCAGUUUAUCUGAAAGAAGAAGAAGAGGAAAAUGAGAAAAGGCAAAAACUUGUGAGAAAAAAACAACAAGAGGCCCAGGGAGAAAAGGCCAGCAGAUACAUAGAGAAUGUUCUAAAACCUCACCAGGAAAUGAAAUUGAAAAAACUAGAAGAGCGCUUUUAUCAGAUGACGGGUGAAACCUGGAAGUUAAGCAAUGGUCAUAAACUUGGGGGUGGUGAAGAUUUGGUGCUUGAAAAUGAGAGUCAGACAUCUUUUGAAACAUCAAACAGAGAAGCAGCAAAGAGACGGAACUUGCCUGAGCCUUUAACCAAAGUUUCACCACCUGCUGAACAGCCCAUGCAGAAGAAGGUUCUUGAUUUACCUGAAGAACCUCCUGAAACAGCUGAAGAAGUAGUUACUGUUGCUCUCCGAUGUCCAAGUGGGAAGGUCCUGAGGAGAAGGUUUUUUAAAUCUUGCAGUUCACAGGUCUUAUUUGACUGGAUGAUGAAAAUUGGGUACCACACAUCCCUAUACAGCCUUUCUACUUCCUUUCCCAGAAGGCCUCUGGAAGUGGAGGGAGGCUGCUCACUGCAGGACGUAGGAAUAACUGUGGAUACUGUACUCAAUGUGGAAGAGAGAGAGCAGAGCCACUGGUUCAAAUGAGAACCACCUGUUCUACAUAAAAUCAGUUACGCCAUGGCCUUAGAGGACAAUAAAUGAUUCAUGUAGAAAUCAUGCCGUACCUUGAUUGAGCUCAGGGCAGUAAACACUUUAAUGUUGAUGGACAUAAAGGAUUAGAAAAGGAUUGCUCUCUGCAUAUAAUAAUUUUUGGAAUGCGCCAUUUUAUAAUGUACCAACUGAGAACUUGGUAAAACUGUACACCAUCAGGCACUCAAUAAUUUAUAUUUUUCCUAGCUGACAUUUAUCAGUACGUUGAGACAAAGUCAUAUAGCUUGGUUUCCUGCCUCUUCAAUCUAUCUUGCCACACUGAACAUUUCACAAUUCAGUCAAACUCUUUAAAGCCUUAUAAGGAGGAAUGUUUAUCCUGCUAUAUUUCUAGAAAUUAUACUUUAAAGACGUUUCAAAGGUCUUUAAAGUUCUUUUUGAUAGGUAUGUAUUAAUGUUUAAUUAACUAAUGUUCGAGAUUUAUAUAAUUUUGCCUUGCAUUAAAUUGUAACAUUUAAAGUUCCAAAUGGAUCAGUAUUUUUUAAAAUAAAACAUUAAAAAUGUAGGUGAAUUUUUUUUAAUA